UGUUGUGUUUCUUUUGAAAAGCGCUCCCUCGUUUCGCCAGUCGCGUGCAAUGUGACAUUGAAAGGGGGAAGCGAAACGACGCACACCGAGGGUUUCUAGUAGGCCUCUUCCUACGAGACGGGCGGCACACCGACCGAAGGAGUCUCCCGCUAACCUACAUUACAAAACGCGCGACCCGCCGAAGGAACACUACGUCAAGCUCGCCCUCGACGCAAAUACGAAGAGCGGACACGUACUACGUACUCCGAGGAAGAAGAAGGACUCGCGAGCCGUCGUGGUGCUUUUGUGGAGCCCCCCGUUGGUUUUUGUUUCGUGCUCGAGUGUGCGCUGGGCGGACGGUGCGUCACGGCUCUGUGAACGCGCGUCCCGUGUAUGUGUGUCUGCGUGAGGCGCCGCUGCGCAGUUUUCGUUUUUCUUUUCCGCGGUGUUUACCCCGGUCCGACGACGACGAAGCGAGGGAAACAAUGAAUUUCGCGCAUCCGCUGGGUGCCCGCUGUAGCUGCGGUGAUCAGCAGUUUCCGCGGCUGCCCCUGCGUCGCUGUGCCUCUGUCAACAGUUCGGGCCGCACCUAUGUGUAGCGGGAUUGUGUGAUUGUGAUCCGCGUGUGUGUUGUGUGUGAUCGCAGGUUUUCCGCGACUCUUACAAACGUCGUAGGCACCCUCCUCGCCACUACUGCGUUGUUGCACCACGACCAGCUGUUAUUUUGCCGGGAACGGGUGGUCGUUCUCUGGUUCGGUGGUCAAAACGGUGUGUAUGUUGUGGUCGUUGAGGCCCAUGUAGCUACGAACUUUGUGAAACCGCGCUGAAUCGGAGGGGUGCCAGUGUUUCGGAGCCAAGUCUUUUCGAAGGUCGCCGGACAUUUUUCUACUGCAAGGGUUCUUCGUGCUCGUUUGUUGAAGCGGAGGAGGAGUCGUCGACGACGCCAGCUUGUCAAGGAGACGGUUGACGCGCUCGCGCCCCUUCCCAUGUCGCUGUCAUCGGCUACGCCGCCGAGGACGACUGCUGUUACAAGUGCGCGAUGCAUUCUUCGAAUUCCUCGCCUCCGACUUCGCGUCGGCGUGGCCAACACCCGGGUUCUUUCUUCACGAUACCGCGAUGGAUGGGGGGCGGAGGAGGCAGCGGAAGUAAGAAGCAGCUGCAGUAUCGAAGCCUCAGGUCGCUUGAAGACCCGACGUCCUCCGCCUCGGCGGCGUCGGCUACGGGACGUCGCAAACGUCCCAGCCUGUUCGAUCAGAUGGUGAAGCGCUUCUUCACGCCCCACGUCGGUCACCACCGGAACGGGACUUCGGAGGCGACCUGGAACGGUGGUGGCAAGUACUCGGCGCCUUCCCGAAGCGGUUCUCUGCGGGACCUCAGGACUCGGGCCGUGGGAGGCGACCCCGGUGGAGGGGACGACACGUUCUUCGCGGGCAACGGGGCCAAGAGACGUCCGGAGGAUGCGGGACCUCGGACCCCAGUCCCAGCGGUCGCCGGGAUACGGAACGAGGGUAACACGUGCUUCAUGAACGCCGUGUUGCAGUGUCUGAGCAACACGGAUGCCUUCGCGGAGUACCUGGUCUCCGGGAGCUACCGGGACGACCUGGGAAGGGCCAGGAGUCGCGGGGGUUUCGCGUCGCCCACGCCGCCGGCUCGCGUCACGGAACAGUUGGCGCAAGUGUUGGGAGCCCUGUGGUCGUGCCGGACGGAGGGCGACUUCGCGGCGCGCUUCAAGUCCUGCGUGGAGAAGCACGGCAGCCAGUACCAGGGCAGCGAACAGCACGACGCGCAGGAGUUCCUCAUCUGGCUCCUCGACAAGGUGCACGAGGAGUUGCUCGCUGACGACGCCACGGCGACCACUUCGAGCAGCGGUAGUUCGACGACGUCCAACGCGGCGUCCCGAUCGAGGCGCGGAUCUCUGAAGCGUUCCAAGAGUCGAUCUUCCUCGGUGAAGGUUGGCGGCGCCACUCCAUGGCAAGGGAGCCCUGUGGCGUCGCUGUUUGCGGGCCAGCUUCGGCUUCGACUGACGUGCCCACGCUGCGGCCAGCAGAGCAACACCUUUGACCCGUUCGUCUGUCUCUCGCUGCCCAUACCGGCCGCGAGCCAGUGGCUCUGUCACGUCCACUUUGUUCCACGCAACUCCCCGCCUACGAAGCUGGCCUUCCACAUGGAUUUUGGGGCACCAGUGGAGCAAGUGCGACUUCGGAUAGCCGCUGAGUGCCACAUUCCACCUGACCAGCUUCUCCUGCUGGAAGAAACCAAAGAAGGGUUUGGCUCGUUGUUUGAGGGCGAUGAGAUCGCCAGCGCUCUGUCGGUGAACUCGCGUCUGGUCGCCCUGGAGCUUCCGCCCGCCAGUACUGACCCGGCGGUUCCCAAAGACAGCCAGAUCCUCGUCUUCUGUCGGUCAAGGGUCGGCGCGUCUGGUUCCUGUCUCGGUGCCACACGAGCGGCCUGGGUGUCGCGUGAGGUGUCAGUGUUGGAGCUGAAGAGGAAGCUGCUGGAGGGCCUUCCCACAUCAAGGCAGUCUGCACCGAAGGACCAGGACCUGGUGAACAGGUUGGAUGUCCUGGUGUGGGACGCAAACCAGAGACUUCCGGCAGACGUGGACCACCCUCUCUUUCUGGAGUUCGUGGACUGCCUGCUGGAGACGUCCAGGGACCUUGCACCGGCGCCCAUUCUCCGAGUGGUGCUCCAGUGGGAGCCCCAUGUCGCCGACCGGUUGUUCCUGGCUGAAGAUUCCAUCGUGGACGAUGUCAGCACGAAUCAGCCGGAGCCGGAGCCGUCGGUCUCUCUCUCCGACUGUCUCGCCUUUUACUUCACGGAGGAAAAGCUGGAACCGGAAGAGGCCUGGCUGUGUCCCCAGUGUGACAGCCGGCAGCAAGGGUUUGCGCAGCUGGGCCUGUGGUUCUGCCCUGAAAUCCUGGUCAUUCACCUAAAGCGCUUCCAUCAGAAUGGAGGUCGGCACAGCAAGCUGGCAACGAGGGUUGAGAUUCCUUUCCAAGACCUGGACCUCAGCAAUCACCUCUGCAAGGGCGCAUCGGGGUCUGGCAGCGUCCUCUAUGAUCUGUAUGCCUUCUGCAGCCAUCACGGGACGGGCCUUCAGGGAGGCCACUACACAGCCUGCUGCAAAAACCCUGUGGACGAACAAUGGUACCUGUUCGAUGACGCUCGAGUACGUCGAGCGCUGGACGAAGACCUGGCCGCGCGCGACGCCUACCUACUUUUCUACCGGAGGCAGCCUGCAACGACGCGCAGGAUGCGGUCCAGUUCUCCCGGACACUGGUUCACGAGAACUUCGCUGCCGGCGAGCCGGAGCCACCAGCACCUUUCGCGCGGCUCGCCGUCGCGGAGUGCCAGCAACCCGUUGGUCCGCGGCGAGCUUACGUCACCACGAGCCUUGUCCCCGAGCGACAGCUUCGACACCGACGCCGGGGCGCUGUCACCGGGCUCCCCGCCUUCUCUCCGAGACUUCUCGCCACCUGCCGGCACGACGAGUUUUAUGGACAGCUUGACGUCUUCUGACAUAACACCCAGUCCUGUUGAGAACCGUUCUCUGACGCCAUCACCCGGACGGGCCUUGGACUUCCCGACCGAAAAGCUGAACCGAAUCAGCCCGCCUCCAAAGGUGUCACCAAAGAAGAGCUCGCCAACGAGGGUGACAACCCGUGGCAGUGGCUUUCGUCCACGCCCCACUUACCUCAGCACUUCGCCGACAAAGGGGUCACCAAAGAAGUACAGUGUCAGCCGGAGUUCAGCGUCAGAAACGUCCGCUCUGCGAGCGACCUCUCCCAUAACAAUGACGACGAAGCCUUGGUCUGGCUACAACACGGUGCCGGCAAAGUCGGCGUCAGACGUGGACACGUCGAGAACCGGGAGAGUCGCGCUUCUGGCCGCGAAGUUCUCACAGCCUGCUGGGGCAAGUGCGCCCUCAUCUAAGUGGCCCUGCAAGUUCCCGGAUGUCGACGACCUGGAGCACACGUUGCCCGGUCGCGGGAGCCGCAGCACCUGCUCGCCCAUGAAUGGUGAUGACGACUCCUUUGUGUCCGUUAACGGUGCAGUCUACCCAAGCCAGACGCUGAACCGCUCACCCGUACCACUGUCGCCGGAGACGCUAAACCGCAGAGUCCUGUCCCCACGAGUGACGCGGUCGUCGAGGCCUGUGCGGAACCUCAACGGCAGCUUUGACUAUGAACAGGACGUGUUUGGGCGGGAGAACAAGGCCACUUCCACAACUGAAGACGUCGGAACGCCCUCUGAACUUAAGGAAGCAUUCUGGACAAUCACAUCUGUAUGACUGGCGGAACGUGAGCCGGUCACUAUGCAGUCACACAGCACAUUUAGGCCGAAUGAAAAUCUGCCACCACAAGCGCCACAAACCAUUGCAUUGUUUCACAGCAGUUGUAUUUGUUGAAAGCGCUCGACUUGCACACAAAAAUAAUGGUCCAUAAUGUCUAAUGUCAGAAGAACUUGUGAAACAAUUGAUGGCCACUGCACGGGAAGGAAGGCGACGUUAGUGAUAGGUCUAUCGGCUGCUACAGCAGAAUAGUCACCACAAACGACAAAACAGUCUCACUGCUACUACAGACCAUCAGCAUCGUGUCAGUCGCAAUUUGACCGCAAUGGCACUACAGCCACCCUGUUGGAAACUGACUGUGACGGCAGGACUGUCAACAGUGCAUCCGCAGGAAGUCAGCUGCGGCCUCAAAGCAGCUGGUGCAACGAUCGCUCAAGGUGAGGACAGUGUGUGUGUGUGUGCACAGUCGGGAUUCUGGUUGCAGUGGCUCUACAGUGAUGACAACUGAGAGAUGAUCAGCGCUGACUUUUCCACACAACGAAAAAAAAAAGUUAUGAGGCCACCUCUGCGUUUUUCAGAAGCUAGUGCAAGUAGCCUGCGAUAACGUCAUUUGUCUAGUCUUGUUAUAGCUCCCCACAUUUCCCUUCAACACUCUGAAGACAACACCCGUACCCUUUGUUAUGCUACUGGAACCUGUCAUGUCGCCAUUGAAUCCCCUCCCUUGCUUCCCCAGUUUCCUUACCCAGAGUGUGUUACAUAUAUAUAUAUAUAUAUAUACUUCUGGCCAGUUGUUGCAUUGUUUAGUCUCUUGAGAGUUUUUUGUUUAUAUAUGGUUCCCCAGAGACGUUAGCAUGUUUGUGGUAUGAGCACAGAGAAAUGUGCGACAAGGUUGUGAUUGCGUGCUCUGCAAAAUCGUCCCCGUCGAAGUGCCGUCUCCACUUUUCCCUGCCGUGUGUUUCUCCGACACGUUGUUAAAGAGUGUGUCGUGCUGUCAUGACGACGAUUGGUUAGGUUUGGCUUCGUUGUUGCAGCAAUAAACCAGAAAAUUGGUCAUUUGGGGCAUCUGCUAGAUGCCCCAAAACGACUUAUUCUAGAUGUCCACUAGACGUCUGCUGGAUGUCUGCUAGGUGUCUGCUUGACGCCUGCAGCACAUCCGCUUGAAACAUGGUGGGCGCCUGCUAGACGUCACGUAGUCCAGGUUCCUUUUUUUUUUUUUUUUGUGCUUCACCCAGUGCGGACAGCUCUUCCAUUCAUAGCCAGGUUACUGCUUGUAGAACGACAAGAAAACCACUCGCAGAGAACCAGGGAGUUUUUUAACCAACAGAGGCCACUGCACAAACAACAUGGAUGACGUUCGACGAGAACCACUCACAGAGCACCAGGGAGUUUCUUAACCAACAAAGGCCACUUCACAGGUAACAUAGGUGACGUUCGACGAUGCCGGUUAGCUUCUUUUUUAUACCAGUCUUUCAUACUCUCAGAAUCGCAGCAAAGGCAAGGACCAGCGUUGCCAUCAACUCUUUGCACGAUCUAUCUGGGUGCGAAAGUGCAAGAAUGUUUGUAGUUGAGUCCAUAUCUUUGCUGCACAUUAUGCGUAUGGAUGUGAUAAGAUGACACUCUUGUUUGUUGUUUUGCGACAUUCUUGAUAGGCUCUUUUCAACAAGGACUAGUUGGCUUUCCUGCAUAACUGUAUGUUAUCUAUGUGGUGAUACAUGCUUCUAACCUAAAAGGACAUCAAAAUGUUAAAACAAGUACUAUCAGCAGAUAGGUCACGUAAAAAGACUGCUGUCUGCCUUCUCUAAGGCAUGAGGUGUUGCUUAAAAGCUACUAUAGUUUUCUCUGAAGAACAUCGCGAAUUUUUUUCUCCAUGUUCGGUAGCUGUUCCGGCUAUGCCUUGUAUAAAACAGGAAAGCCGCUACAUUGUCCUUGUCGGAAUCACAGUUAUAUGACUUGUGCAUUUACAGAAUCUGGCUUUUCUGUGCCAAGAGAAACUGCAUUUUAAGAUGAUGUGGAAACAAUAGUCUGUAUGCAGCGAUUGUUUUUGCUUAGAAAAAACCUCACCUUGUUCUCUGUUUAGUUCGAAAAGAGGCACCUGUUGAGGAAACUAAGUGUUCGUGGCGCGUAUUACAGCCUGCCAGAAAUGCGUAGAAAGCCUCGAAAUACAAACUUAAUGGCAUGCUUCAAAACAUUUUGCUCUGUCUCGCAAUUUAAUCACGUUACAAGGUAAAAUUUGUGUGCAGAGAAACACUUGUGCUCGAAUUUUUUAAUGUGGCUAGCAUGCUUCCCGCAUGCUAGGCAACUUGGCACAUUGAGUCAACAUGUGGCGAUCAAGAUCGGCCCAUGCUGUGAACAAUGUUGAGCAGAAAUGCAGCCAGCCAUGAUUACUUACGCUUAUCAAGGUUAGUGUGCUAGAAAGCUAGAUUGAAGUUAUUGAAAAGAGCCUAUUAGUGCCCAAGUAAGGUGCAGUUGGUUAUCUUGUUUGCCUUUCUUUUUUUGCCUUUAUUUCUGAUACUGUGUGACUGUGCUGUUAGGAACUUUAGCUGUGGUUGCGAUGCAAUGUAGCAUAUCCCUUCUAACAAGAAAUAUUGCGGCUUGGUUCUGAUGCGUUGGUUUGCGUUUUGAAAUGGUUCAACAAGCAAGAGAGAGGUAAAUGACAUUGAUAUCUGGUCUCGGUUUUAUGUGUCGUGCCCACGGCGUAUCGUGUGUCACGAUCUGAGAUAACCGUGACUGACCGUUUUCAGCCGUUCUGGUAACGUAGCAAGCAGACUUAAUUACAGGACGAAGCUGGCACUUACUGUGAACCGUGUUGCUCGCGACAUUGAAAGGAACGCUUUGAACAAAUAGGCUUUUAAUUUGUGUACCUUUAUUCUUGAAAAAGUGUCAAGCCUGCUGAAUGCAUAAAUACAAUUGAGGUGAACACUUGAUACAGCUGUGCGAUAGAAAUUUUUAAUAAAAAAAUUUAAUGUGCAGUAGUGUAAUGUGAUUGCAUUAAAGCUGCUUAAAUACUGAUCAAAAGUAGGACCACUAACAUCAGCAGAAUAUAGAAAAUGUCUUCGUGUGGAAUGUUUAGCGUGCGUUUCGUUCAAUUUUCAAGCACAUAGAAGGGUCACAGAAAGCGAACAAUGAACUGGAUUAUAUUGGUAUAUUGUACUCCCAGAACUGUAAUAAUAUAAUUUCACCACCAUUUAUUAGUAGAGAAAAAAAUCAAGGUCCAAAUAAUUCUAUUUUUAAUUUAAAGUCUCUGGACGUGAAAUCGCGGAUUUCAAAGUGCAUCUUUCGUACUUUGGGAACAUUAACUCCGUGAAAUUUUCUGAAAGUCGGUGGGUUUAAGUCUGCAGGUUCCUUAGAAAACAGUGUUCUUUGUUGUUGUUGAUUAGGGAUUGUGUAUGACCUAAUGGAUGCCGUCAUAAUCUACAUUGACGCGGAAUUCGGUUCAGAAAUUUAGAAAUAGCAUUGCGUCCUGUAUUCUUUCAUGCGCUUUUUGCUUAUGCAGUGUCUAUCGUGGUAAGAGUGGUGUUUUCCAUAUUGUGAGUGGUUAACUAACACGCUAAAAAAUCUUCUCUUUGGCGUCCCUUUAAUGUGUUCUAUGUCUCUAAGCAGAACAUAAAUAGCAAAAGCUGUAUGAGUAAAUUAAGGGCCACUCUGCAAUCUGUACCAUUUCAGGCCGUGCGGUUUAUAACAAAUUAUGCUUACCUUAUGCUCAAGCACGACUUGUCAAGUUCUACACAUAUGCAUCAAUAGGUUGUGCAGAAAAAACUAAACUCAAGGCCGAGAGUAGCAAAAGCAAUAAAAGAAUUGAAAGGUGAAUGAAUAAACAACUUGUCACAAUGCGCUGCGUUGAGCACGCAAUGAGAUUUUAUAUGACCACAAAUUAGUGCGAAAGGUUCGCAGAAAGCUAUCUUGAAGUGGCACUGUAUAUAAGAAAGCACAUUGGUCGAAAUAAAUAUGAUGUUUGUUCAUGAAUAAAUCAUGUGACAAAUGUAAUAAAGUAGGAGAUACAGGCCAACUGCUUUCUCAUGUUACGUUGCAGUCACACCUUUGUGCUUAUGAACGGUCACUCAUGGGCACCAUUUCAACUCGCGGUUCCUGGUAGCUCUGGGCAGCAGGUGUUACAGAGAAAUCAUUGGGUUGUGCAUUCUUAGGCAGCGUUGAUAUAGUUUGGUGUUGCUCACUUUUCUUUUGCUUCUGACGAUGUACGUAGAGGGCAGCUUGUCAAGUAGAAAUCCUCGCGAGCUUGUUUUACUUCUGGUCUGUAUCGUUUUUCGAAAUGCCUAGUGUCGUGUUGGUGUCACUAAUAUUUUAACAAGGCGUAAUUUAAGCAGAGUUGACCAGGAGUUGCAGAAGGCCUCAUUCACGCAAAAGUCACCUUCACGGUGUCAACCUAACAGUGACGUUUCGCUGUGUUUAGAUGCGCUCUCUCCUUGGUAUUUUCCUAAUUAACAACAUGUCAAGGGAGGGAAUUGCCUGGUGCUCAUAACAUUGCCAGCAUUUCAUAUUUAGAAAAAAAAAAUGCUAUUGCAGUACACCACACUGUAACAGAUACUGUGAUUAAGUCACAGAGUGCGUGAAGAUGAAGCGACUGAGUGCUUGACGGCUGUGUGAAUGAGACCCAAGCAUGACAACCUUGUUGUUUAUGCAAGAGGGAUUACACCUGCCACGUCUUCAGCAAAUUUUCACAGCGACAGAAUCUGCUGUGGCGAGAUUUUUAUCGACGUGAAGACGAAACAGCUAGACAUUAAAUUUUCUCACGGGAAUGAUGGCACGCUGAUUGUGACAACUGAAUGUCCGUGUGCUGGUCAAUUAUACUGUUUGGACGAAAAGUCUCGUUCCGACGAGAUAUCUGUUUUGACAGAAGUUUUGCACAUUUUGGGACAGUCUCUGUAGUCUUUUUUUUUUCAACAGGGUGUGUCUAAUGAACCACUUGACAUUGGCAUUUAAGGCUGAGCCUCACCACUAGAUUCAUUCAUCGCUACAUUACCGCAGCCAUUGCCAUUGGUCACGUUGGUCCAUCCAUUCAUUCAUUGUUUCGGGGAGUGGUGCGCGUCAUACACUGCCAGAAAGAAAUAUUUAGCUGUUUAUAGAAGCGUAGGAGAUAGUAGCAACUAUAUGUAAGCAUAUGUUACAAAGUAAUGAACAGCACGUAGUGGUCUCGACCUGACGUUUUCAAGAACACGAGCAUAGUCACCAAUCGCACUCGCAGCCGGGCUGCUCGCCGCAAACUUAGGAAAUGACACAGAAUGUCAGUUAAUGGCAGAAUAUUUUUAUUUUUGUCAGUCUCACAUGCACAUUCAACGAAGCUAGGAAUAUUAACUUAUUUUGCCAACACGCUUACACGCAGUUACAUUCGCACCCAUUCAGUUCGCGUGAAAGGCUUCAUUGAACAAUAUGAGUAUUCUGGUCUCAUUAGGUGUUAAAGUCAGCAAGUUCAUCGUUUUUCAUAUUUCACAUUCAUUUAUCUGCAAGUUUGUGCUUUUUUUUUUCCUUCUUUGCACAGACAUUAGCAGCAUUAUCUUAAAAUGUACUAUGUGUGAUCAUGAAGUGUUUGCCAAGGGACACAUUUGUGCAGCUGUAAUACAAAGGGGCAGUAGAGACACAGUGCUUAAAGCUAAUCUCUUCUUGUACUAAUGGAUAUGCAAUAGUUGUUUGAAAAUGUGUGCUAACCCAAUGUGUGAAUAUUUUAAAGUGUCUGUUUAUUAAGAGCUUUUAACUGGUUGCUGUGUCUGCUCAGGGGUUGCCUUUUAGUAAUCGACUUAUCCUCAACGAGAAAUACGAAUUAGUCAAGUGGCUUUUAAUGAAAAGCUUCAUAGCUAAAAUUGGUGGUUUCUCAGUACCAUUUUAACGAUGUUGCUCAUUAGUGUGUUGCCUUUGUGGUAAAUGUUUCAAGUGUGUGUCAUUAGUGUGUGAUUAUUCUAGUGUACAAAGGGGGCACGCGAAAGUGUGUUUCGUUGAAGUUGCAGUCGCUCUCGAGCGCCACAUUCCAACUAAUAGCGUCGUUGCUUUAACUACUGGCCUUGUGAGAGUGCAUGCGCCGCUCAUCAUUGUAGUCUUGAGUUGCUAUAUUUGCAAACUGCGUGCAAUAACAUUCUAUAGUGAGCAUACAUAAAGGGUCAACUCUGUAACUUAAGUAUUUAACAAGAUGCAUACUGCUGCUUUUUAGCCAUCUUCGCUUUUAGCGAACUAGCUUCAUCUUUAGCAGCCCAAGGCUUUUUCAAUUUUUUUUGUCACUCUACCAGCCUUUAUUGUCAUAUUAUUUUGCACUGCUUGAAAUGGAAAAUUUGUCUUUAUAUAUGCACUUUGAUGCCGUUUGCUUGUGUGAACAUGUUUCAUGACGACCUUAGAAACUGUAAGUAUUUGCCAACUCUGUUCUAAUUGCUACAGCACUCUAUUGAAAUUACUCAGCACCGAUUUUUAUCAGUAUAGUCAUUAUUGAAGUAGUUGCAGAGUUUUGGCAAUACUUGUCCAUAAUUUACUAGCCACUAUUCACUAGCUGUCGAUUUGCACUCAAGGGGUUUAAACGAGUCAUUGCAUUCGCCAAAUGUGGAUUAGUUGGCUGCAUUCCGUCGACUUUGCCACUGGGGAGGGUUCUGUACCUUGACUUAUCAGUCAUCAAGCACAGCUAUGCACCUCUUCAGUCCCUGAGUGAUUCGAUGCGCUUCUUUGAUUUGUGAUACUGUCAAGCACUUCACAUAUCUGCCUGAACGGUACUAAAGUGGGAUUUCUUGCUCUUCUUUUAGCUCCGUCUUAUUGGCGUGCUUGGGAAGGUGCAUUGCAGCUUAGGUGUUUUAAUAAGUCUAGCAGCACCUUUCAGCUAGAUAUUGAGGAACAAAAUAAAAUGCCACAAACAAAAAAGCCAUGGAAGAUUAAGUUGAUUCUGGACUAAUUUUCAUCCUCACUGCAGAUGUUUACGAGCUUUCAGUUACAAAGUGGGCUACCCUAACCUCCUCAGAGUCUCGAGUGUGACAGCAACGCUUCCAUGAGCUAUCCUUUCUUCUUCGGUGGACCCAAGUGACACAAUGAACAUUUGGGCACGUGCAGUACAGUCCACUGUUAGAGGGAACACGCGAACGCGUGGUCAGCGAGACGCGAACUAGUGGCGAGAUUUGUAAACGUGGCGCACGCGCAUAAAAAAAGAACAAAGGCAUUGCUUGUUGGGUUUCGUCUGAUACUUUCCGCCCCUGCACUUGCUGAGUGCUUUCGUUUUUUCCCAUAGCGAUUCAAGUCACCCCUAGUGUGCUGGUAAUCAGCAGGCACAAAAAUGGUCCAGGUUAUUUCUUGCUGUGGUAUCCACCAGUUCAGAAACGAUGUGAUUCAGGCCCACAGCAGUGAGAUUUCAAAAAAAAAAAAAAAAGGUGAUAUACAAUGAAAAGCCAUGCGGUUAUAUUAAGAAGCAUCUUCAUAAAUGCUUGUUAAUAAUAAAUGUUGGGGUUUAACAUCGCUGAAGAGCAGUAUGAUUAUGAGCGACGCAGUGGAAGGUUCGUUAUGGCUCAUCACAUGAGCACCGUCGCAGUAUUCAGUGGCCUGUUUACCACGGCAGUGACAGCAUGUUGACUGUAUUGGUUAGUGUAGAGCUUGACUAUGAAAAGCCUUUGAUCCUCAGGUACCCUGGCCAUGCCACAUCUAAGAGUUGGCACCACCGAAAAUUUGUUCACCAAAGAAUUAUGCCCCCAGCUUUGGAAUUCUGUGAAAUUGAUUUGAUAACAAAACACAUCACUUGCAUCGCCAAUCACUGUCAAUGCUCACCAAAAUGUUAGUCGUAAGCUUUGCACAAUGCUCGAACAAGCCGCCCGCCUUUGAUAACAGACAAUAAAAUUGGUUCUUGAUGCAACGAGCAAAGCCGGCUCCUCCUUAUAACCACUAAAACAUAGCCCGGCGUUAGCACGCGCCACGCGCUAAGGCGGGAAGUAGCAGACGACACAGGGCACGGACCGUCCUUGUGAUUCUGUGCGCAUGCUCUACGUUUCCAAAUCUCACCAGAAGUUAGUGCCUCGCGGAGCACCGAUCGCGCUCUCGCAUGUUUUCCCUAACAGUAAAUUGUACUGUACAUUUGACUGCAGAAAAGUAAAUUUUUUGCAUAGUGCGUCUUGUGAUUGGGAAAGCAAAUUUUCACCAUAGUUUCAUCGUUUACAGCUGCUGCUUGUUUACAGCUUGUCGGCGAAAUGGAGGCACUUAGCAACAAUGUAUCAUUUCGUUGUCUGUAACUAUAUACUGGCUGAAUAUAGCCACCAAUGAGAAAAUGCUUCUAGGGUCAUUUCAUGCUAUGCCUAAUUCAUUUGCAUUCUUCGUUUCCUUAAUUGAUCAUUCAUCAGAUUUUUUAUGGGUCACUACAAAAGAGUGUGUUAUUGCUGCGCUUAUGGGGGCUGACGACUUUUGGUAGCAUAUUCUUCUGGGUCCUGCAUCUUAGGAGUUUUCUUGUUGCAUUGCACAUCGCUAUGUACAUGGCUUUUCGUUGGAUAAGUCUUCAUUAUUUUAUUUAUUUAACAUCAUAUGCACACUCUUUGCCUAACAUCCUUCUGUACGAAUCACUGAGCUCACGUCAGCUAGAUUUGGUUCGCACGUCUGCGCAAAUUGACGAGACCAAAAGUGUGCGAACGUUGCUGACUUUUUCUGGUCUUCUUUUGUGUUGCCAACACAUCAGAGAUCUGGAUUCUUUGUUGUGUUAUUAUGCAGUUCAUAUAAGUGCUCUGCAUUACAAUGCAACCAGCAGCCAGUCUAGCUUGUUCUCAUUAUGUUUAUGGCUUCUUAUCUGUAUGCCUUAAGCUCUUCUCUUUCUAAGUAGCUUGACAGGUGCAGGGUUUACGAUAAAAUAAAUAUAUGUACAGUAUAUAUUAUGUAUACAUAUAAGAAUUGAAGAGGCUGGAAUAGUCUUUGCUCUGCGAAAUAGCCUCAAGAGCUUUAUACUAGGGUGAGGUGUUCAGUUCUGUGCCUCAAGCAAAAGCAGCAGCAAUAGUCGAGGCAUUGAUUUGAGGCAGCGAUCUGUGAUAAAAAAAUAUAUGUAUAGCAGCAGUAACCUGUUUAGCCUGAUUUUGCUGUAGUCGAGCUUGUUUCUUCUUCUUUUGUUUCGCUUCAAAAUUUCUUGUUGGCAUCUUUUUACGUAACAUCUCAAUGUUGGCAUCUCCUGCACAGAGUAAGCCCCUUCGAGAUAGUGGCAGGCCAUGUACACAAGAUUGUAGUUAAGUGCAGCACAAAUGUUGAUAGCAUAGUCUCCUGAUGGCAUACGUGGGCUCUAUCACAGGAGAUCUACAGUCAUUAGCAGAAGUUUAUGACCAUGAAACCUGCUGGGCAGCUUAACGGAAUGAAUUCGCAAAUCUGCUGGGAAACAGAUUUCUCAGACCUAGUGAACUUUAAACAUUGGACGCAUAGUGUACUGUCGGUCUGCUGUUGUUGCUUAGGUGCGCUGCACAAGCAGUCCACUGUACUGAUGCAAAUAAAUGUGACGGGAGCCAGGAAAGAAAAGAAACGCUGUAUCAUUAUUUUGAGUUUUCAUAAGGGUUACCAAGAGUGUAUUGCACGUUGGUCUAGUGGCUAAGGCUGUUGACCCGCAGGUCGCGGGGUUGAAUCCUGGCUGCGGCAGCUGCAUUUUCGGUGGAGGCGAAAAUGCUGCAGGCCCGUGUGCUCAGAUUUGGGUGCCUCUUAAAAAACCUUAAGUGGUCGAAAUUUCCGGAGCCCUCCACUACAGCGUCUCUCAUAAUUAAAUGGUGGUUUCGGGACAUAAAACCUCACAUAUUAUUCGUAAUAUUAGAACUGUACAGUAGCUUCAGCAAUGGAAUUCAAUUCCUAGUGUCCUGGUUUUUUAUUUUUCUAUGAUAACAUGCGGCCGAGAUGGGAACCCUCGAACUCAAACUCAUUGCUAGAGAGUUUUAGUUAUGGGAACACCUAGCCAUUGAGUCCCCUCAUUCUAGCGUUGUUUCGUGCCAUCUUCCCGCUUUCUUCUGUUUGAGCGGCUGCUGACCCAAAGGUCGCAAUCCAAACAAAGACGCGUCGGUCGCAUUUUGGUGGAUACGAGAUGCCAGAGGCCCAUGUACUGAGUGAUGUCAGUGAACGCUAAAGGACACAAAAUAGUCGAAAUUUCCAAAGCCCUCCACUUCGACUUCUCUCGUAAUCAUAUCGUGGUUUUGGGACGUAAUACCCCAGAUAUUUAUUUCUGUUUGCUAGCCGCACCCAAAGAGAAUACAAUAGAAUGCAAGAUUGUGCUUAAGUACGCCGCUUGUAACAACAUUGUUAGUCGCAACAUAGAGUACAAUGCUCCAGCAGCACUGCUGCUUCCGUGUUGCCAUCCUUUUUUCUAGCAUACGUCUAUGCUAGCCUGUUUGCUAAAACUUUCUUGAGAAGGUACUUUCGCUGUCUUGGGGAAAUCUCAUGCUGACUUUUACAGAGGGUGUCCUUUGCGUCUUUGAAGAGUUUUGAGUAGAAAACAAAACGGCCUUGUGGAGGGUGUGGCAGCUCGUGUAUAUAUGUGUUAUUUGUGGCAGUUAACGGAUAUUAGGAGGUGUGUUUUUGCCUUUCUUUUCUUUUGCCUUCAAUCCGCGUCGUAGCCUGGGACAAGGCUGCAGGUAGUGCAGAGACUUGGCUGAGAAGAAUAGUCUCUUGGUGUGAUGAUGCAUUGCUUUAUAGUGCAGCUUCACUUUAUUUUUAUUGUUUUCAGAACAGCUGAUGCAGCACAAUCUGAUGUGCGCCUUGUGUUCUGUUCUCCUGUAGAUUGUACAUACAGAGGCUUGUUUUUAUUUGUUAUAUAGUCUAUGCAUAGGUAUGCACGUGUUAUUUACUUGUUGCAUUUUUAACCCACAUUUAAAAUAUUUUUUGUUUUGUAGUAUGCAAAGUGUUGCAACGAGCAGGCCACUAAAUAGCUGGUAUUUCUAUCUUUAGUUAUUGUUUUUCUGAUGAUGCAAAAUUGGUCGAAGCUGAGAGGUUGUGACGAGCAAACGUUUUUCAAUCGAACUUAGUCCUGCAGAGUGAGUGUAUCCGUCGUUGCUGUUUUUGAAGCGCACAUGGUUUUUCUGGGUGUAUAAAUGCCUCCAUGUUGAAGUUUGAUUGUGCCAGGACGAAAUUCUGGUGGAAGUCAUGUCUUAAGCAUAUGUGGAUUCGAAUUUUCCGAGCAUGCUCAUAUUGCUCGGGGCAUUGGAAGAACUGUGUACUCAACUGAACUUCGCUGGAUUAACAAAAGCAGCUGAACAUAAUAAUAAAAUUUGCAUGAAUAGUUGUGAACUAAAAGCUUCAUCAACACUACGCGAGUUUGGACACAAGGGUCGUGGAGAGGAGGUGUGUCCCCCCUUUUUUUCUUUAAAUAAGAACCCUGUGUAUGCCCAUGAAAUUCUCCCCUAAUGUGAACUUGUCCUCAAAUCUCGAAAAGUCUUGUUUUGUUGUAUUAAUCGAUUGAUGGAAUUUUUUCUUGUUCACCUGGCUGACGAAUAAAAACCUUCUAAAGAUUACA